AUGUCCCAAGAGAAAGUGAAGAUUCCUUUUGAACAGAAGAAAAUAUUUGACAAGAUGUAUUCCAAAUUUUGGCAGAUGAAUCUUCGUGAGAAGAUUAUAUCUCCCGAUGACAAGAUUAUAAUCGGAUUUUCUGGCGGAAAGGACUCGCUACUUCUGCUUCACAUUUUGUCGACAUUAAUGAAGAACAAGAAGUACAAUAUCAAAGUCCUUGCAAUUCACGUUAAAAAUGACGAAGUGGGCUAUCACCUCGACGCAGACUUCUCUCGCAAACUCUGUGAAGACCUUAAUGUUCCAUUUCUUGUUCUCGACUCUGAGCGCGUCGCUCCCAAAGACAUCGAAGACUCCGACAAAACCACAUUUUGUUUAAGUUGUGGUAAAAAUCGACGCCGUGCGUUAUUGAAGUAUGCCAAAGAAAAUGGGUACACUUCGAUUGCGUUAGGGCAUCACAUGGACGAUGUCGCGGAAACGUUAUUACUGAACCAAAUGUUCUGUGGGUGUAUCGCAGGGAUCCCUUCUCAAUUUGUUGCCAAGAAGUACAACGUCAAAUUCAUUCGACCGUUGAUCGACAUCCCCGUCGUUUUAAUCCAACAGUGGACUCAUUAUAUCACUCUUCCCAUCUUAAUUAGAUGUAACCACGAGUCCGACUCGAUGAGAGGUGAAGUCAGAGAACUCCUUGAAAAUCUGAAGAAGAAACACCCCUUUAUAGUGCAGUCCAUCGCACAAG